UUCCGGCGGGCGCGCGGGGGAUGCCGGGAGGGCAGCAUGGAGACCCACGAGCUGUUCCGCCGCCUGGGCGCCGGGGCCCGCUUCGACCUGCGGCGCUUCGGGGGCGACGCGCGGCGCUUCGGGGUGGUCAGGGAAAACCGCGGCAGCGUCUCCCUGGAGAGCCUCGACUUCUUCGGGAAUAAGGAGGGAGCCCCUCGGGGGUCUGCCGAGGAGGGCUGGGGGCUCACGGGGGCCGGAGAGGAGGUGAAGCAGCAGAAGGAUGGAGCAGGGAAAAACGAUGGAGAGGCGGCGGGAAAGAGGAAAAGAACGGCAGAAAGCAGUGAGGGGAAAAGAAAAAAGAAAAAGGCGCGAGGAGCAGCAUCAAUGCCAGAGCUGUCAGAAAACAAUGGAAUAAAGUGGAUGUCCUCUCUGGAAGCAAAACUUGAAGAGGCAAAAGACAAAAAACCUACUGCAGAGAAGCUUGAACGUUUGAGGAGAGAAAAGAUAAAUCGCUUCAGGAAUCAGCACAGGAUCAAUAUUCAGGGAACAGAUCUCCCUGACCCGAUUGCCACCUUUGACCAGCUUCAGGAGGAGUACAAGGUGCACCCUAAAAUCAUGGAGAACAUCCGGGCUGCAGGGUUCCAUGUCCCCACUCCAAUCCAGAUGCAGGCGAUUCCCGUCAUGCUGCACGGUCGGGAGCUUCUGGCUUCAGCUCCUACUGGGUCUGGAAAAACACUGGCAUUUUGUAUCCCUCUCUUAACACAUCUGAAACAACCCAGGAACAAAGGAUUCAGGGCUGUGAUCAUAUCACCGACCCGAGAACUUGCCAGCCAGACCCACCGGGAGCUGGUGAAGCUGGCAGAGGGCACAGGCUUCAGGAUACACAUGAUCCACAAGGCAGCUGAAGCAGCCAAGAAGUUUGGGCCCAAGUCUUCCAAGAAAUUUGAUAUUCUGGUUACCACUCCCAACAGACUCAUUUAUUUGCUGAAAGAAGAUCCUCCAGCAAUAGACUUGAGCAGUGUGGAGUGGCUGGUGGUGGACGAGUCAGACAAGCUGUUUGAGGAUGGGAAGUCGGGAUUCCGGGAGCAGCUGGCCUCCAUCUUCCUGGGAUGUACCUCCCCCCUGGUGAGGAGGGCCCUGUUCAGUGCCACCUUUGCCCACGACGUGGAGGAGUGGUGCAAGCUCAGCCUGGACAGCGUUGUCCUUGUGUCUGUUGGGGCAAGAAACUCUGCAGCAGAGACAGUAGAACAAGAGCUGCUGUUUGUUGGAUCUGAGACAGGAAAGCUAACAGCAAUGAGGGAGCUUGUUAAAAAGGGUUUUGCUCCUCCAGUCCUUGUUUUUGUACAGUCUAUUGAGAGGGCUAAAGAGCUUUUCCAUGAGCUCAUUUAUGAAGGCAUCAAUGUGGAUGUCAUCCAUGCAGACAAGACUCAGCAACAGAGGGAUAAGGUAGUGCACAGUUUCAGAGCUGGGAAGAUCUGGGUGCUCAUCUGCUCGGCCUUGCUGGCUCGAGGGAUUGACUUCAAAGGAGUGAAUAUGGUCAUCAAUUAUGACUUGCCAACGAGUGCAGUGGAAUACAUCCACAGGAUAGGUCGUACUGGAAGAGCAGGGCACAGAGGAAAAGCAGUCACUUUCUUUACAGAAGAUGAUAAACCUUUAUUACGGAGUAUAGCCAACGUUAUCCAGCGAGCUGGCUGUCCUGUGCCAGACUACAUAAAACACUUGCCCAAGCUGCAAAGCAAACAAAAGAAGAAAUUCAUUAAGAAACCUUUGACAAGAGAAUCCAUUUGUACAACCCCAAAGUGCUUCUUGAAAAAAGGCAAAAGAAAAAUGAAAACUACAAAGGAAAAUAUUAAGGAAAAGAAGAAAGUUAAAGAAGACAAACAGGGCAGUAAAUUACAGACUGUUUCAGGAAGCUGAAUUCAGACUGGUGAGUAGGGGCUGACACCUCUGUGCUGGAACAGAAGAAUGAAGAUGACAGCAAUGGUGAAGAGAGAAAAAUAUUUCUUGUGUUUCCUUCUGGGUGAGGAUGGAGGUUUACAUGCAAGAAAGUCUCUACUGCAAUGCCAGGGGAGGAUUCCUGGAUGCUUCUUAUAGAAGCUGAAGCGUGUGCUCGUGCAGUGCAUGCCUUGUGUUUCUGACAAUAGUUCAAAAAUAGCAUCACUUUGUGUUACUUGCACACAGUUGUGUAUUGCUCCUUGGAAAUACUGUCAGUUCUGUGUUCAGAUCGCCCCUAAUAUGUUUGUUAGACUUCCAGAAGAUUCUGAGGCAGGAAACACACAGUGUUUACUGUCAGGUUUGAUAAACGCAGCUGUCAGAGACUUCCCUGGGCACUUCAGGAAAACCAAACCAAACCCACUUCAAAGUAAAACCUUGCUCUUCCUACUUUUUUCUUCUGUAAAAUCAUUUUGAAAUUUACAUGUCUGUAAACUCAGGUACUUUUGUACUGUUUCAUAAUUGAGCCUCAAGCCAGAAUAAACAGGGUCAUAAGAUAAUA